AUGAUGGAACAGAACUUUAAGGGGGACCCCGAUACCCCGCACUCCAUCUCCUUCUCCGGCAGCGGGUUCCUCUGCUACUAUCAGGUGGGAGCCGUGGAUGCUUUCCGAGACCUGGCGCCUCGCAUGCUGGACACUGCUCAUCGCGUGGUCGGGACGUCCGCCGGCUCCGUGGUGGCUGCCCUGACGGUGUGCGGCAUCGGCAUGAAUGAGUAUCUCAAAGUCUUAAACACUGGUGUGGAAGAGGUCCGGAAGUCCUUUCUGGGGCCAUUUUCUCCUUCCUGCAAGAUGGUCCAGAUGAUGAAGCAGUUUCUGUACCGAGUCCUGCCUGAGGAUUCCUACAAGUUGGCGACAGGAAGGCUCCAUGUAGCCCUCACACGGGUGACAGAUGGGGAGAAUGUGGUGGUGUCUGAAUUUACUUCCAAGGAAGAGCUCAUUGAGGCACUCUACUGCAGCUGCUUUAUACCCGUAUACUGUGGCCUCAUUCCACCAACUUACCGGGGUGAGAGGUAUAUUGAUGGCGGUUUCACCGGAAUGCAGCCAUGCUCCUACUGGACAGACUCAAUUACCAUCUCAGCUUUCAGUGGCCAGCAAGAUAUUUGCCCCAGAGACUGCCCGGCUAUCUUUCAUGACUUCCAGUUAUUCAACUGUACCUUCCAGUUCUCCUUGGAAAAUAUUACCCGGAUGACCCAUGCGCUCUUUCCCCCAGACCUAAUGGCCCUGCAUGAAUACUACUACCGGGGAUAUCAGGACACAGUUUUAUACUUGAAGAGACUGAAUGCUGUCUAUUUGGAAUCCCCCACCAAGAAUUUAAUGUUCCCACGGGUGGAAGUGUUCUGUCUUGGAAAUCUGUACCGAUGCAGGGAAUGGGAAGUGACUGAUGAGCAGAACCCAGAGACCACACAAGCCAGCUUGUCAGAAUUCUCAAGCCACACUUUGAAUGAAGUCACCAAGAGAACUGUAAAGGAUGAUGAUGGUCCACCUGACUCCUUUGCUGUGCAAGCACCUGAAUCUGUAUCUGUCCAGCUCCCUUUAUCACCUUCCAUGCAGUCAUCUACAGUAUCAGUUCCAUCACUCAUAAAGUCACCUGUAGGGUCACCUGUCUCACCUAUGGGGUUCUCUCUUUCAUCAUCACCUUUGUCACCUGGCUCACCUAUGGGACUGCCAGUUUCAUUACCCCUUGAACAGUCACCCAUAUCACCAAUUGUUCAGUCAGUGGCUCAGUCACUCCCAUCAUUCAUGCAAUCAUCUGUGCAUCUCUCUCCUGUGCAAUCACCUUUAGGACUUCCUUUCUCAUCUCUACCCAUGGAGUCUUCUCUAUCACCUUUUGUGCAGUUGCCUGUCUCAUCCCCAGUACAGUCACCAGUAUCAGCUCCUGUACAAACGCUUCCUUCAGUCAUAGUGCCAUCACCAACGUUAUCUCCUGCAUCUCCAGCUGAGCCAUAUCUUCCACGGAUACCCCUAAAUUCACCUUCAGCAUCUCCUAUGCAGGUAUCAUCCAUGGAGGAUGAUGUCAUGCCCCAGUCCCAAGCUCUACCUAAGACUUCAAACAAGAAAGUCACCGUAUUUCUAGUGAAUGUGAAGGAAGCAGUAUCCAAGCCCUUUGUGAAGGGUCACCCUGUAGAUGACACACCUUGGAUGAAUAAGUUAUUUGGAAGGACCAGCCAUGACACAAAUGGCACCAGAAGAGACUUCUCAAGACACCGAAAAUCCUGGCAAGCAAAAAAAAGAGAGCAGUCUUCAUCCUGCCACGGCAACUCAUCUCUGCUUCCCACUUCUGGGACGGUUUGGGUGUCCUACCGCCCUCAUCCCAUCAGCACGUGUCAGACAUUCGAUGACCCUCAGGCAUCUACACACCUCGAGAGGGACUAGAAGUAGCCUCUGUGUGACUUUGUGGGGAGCUUUCUUCUGCCUCCUGUCAUAUUCCAGAUUGGAAUGGCUGUGUUGAUGAUCAUGGGAAUCCUAACUUUCAUGUGGCUGGGGACCACUGUGUCAGCAUAGCCUUUCUUUAUCCCUGAGCUCCUGAGAACCUCACCAAAACUCUUCCCUCUUACAUGGAAAGAAAGCCCACCCAAAUGGGCAAUUGUUCCCCGUGACUCAGCAAUGUCCCUGAGAACCAGCUCCUGGAUAUGAAGUCCAACAGGAUUUUCUGUCUGAACUGUCAGCAUUCCUUGCUGUUGUUUUUAGUGCCUAUAUAUUAACUUCACUGCCCUCUCCAUAUGGAUUCAGUAUUCUGGGAGAAAAAGUUUUUUGUUUUGUUUUUUUUAAGACUAAUUUCUUUUCCCUUUUAUUAUACCUCCAGCUUCUAUUGUGUGUUCACCUUUCAGCCAGUGAAAUUUGUCUCUGUGUUUCUAUAGUCCUGAAUAAAGGGGCAGCAGGUAUUUUGUCUCAAGGAUUCCCAGGCCAGUUCAAUCCCAAGGAAUUCAAUGAAGUCUUUGCACCCCAUAUCCUCCCUGAGCUUAUAAAAGGGCUCUGAAUAUCCAUCCUCACUUCUUUCAGUCUCAUUAAGAAGGUCCAUGUCUGCAAAUCACAAGAAGACUCAAAAAAACCUCCUGACUGAUACCAUUUGCAAAACAAACAGAUGACCUAGUACCAAGACUGGGAAGAGAGUUUGUUUAACAAAAUGUGUGAUGCAAAACCAAUGCAGAAUAUUGAAAGAAGAAAAGCAGAAAACGAUGCAUAUUUUUGAAUGCUCAAUUGAUGAGCCUUCCUGGAAGAGUAAUAAAGUACAUUCAUUUUCAUGGGCAAAUUUGAGUCCAAAAGUGAGAACAAUGGACACGGUGGGAGUAAGAGGAGGUUGAGUGUGAGGAUAUAUUUAAAUGGAAUCAUUUAACAUAACAUAGUUUUUAAUCAACUUUGUUUUCAAUGCACAUCUAAGGAGAUGAUCUUGUGAUGAUCCUCUGAAAUCUUCUCUUGAGAACUCAAGUAUACUUCCAAAAUGUCUGAUGGGGAGCUCCUUUGGAGAUCUCUUCUUCCUCUUGUUUCCCUUUGUGGAGUUUCUUGCAUUAAUACUGGGGGGAAAAUCCCUCUUUAGGUUUAUGAAGGGAGGAAGAAUUACAUAAGUCUGCAUACCUCUCCAUAAUGUCUAGAGAACAAUGUGACAAAUCAUUUGCAAGAAUUGACUGCUGCCCAUUCUUCUUCAAGACGUAUACAAGCAGAGACUCGUGGAAAAUAGGAUGUUUUUCAUGACCUGGGAAUGUACAUUCCCUGGUGCAGGAGGGUGGGAAUAGAGCUCAAUAAUAAUUAUUGUUGUGACACUAAACUUGUACAUACUGCCAGAUGUAACAGAUGUUUGAGGAUCAAUUAUACAAUGAGCAUCAAUAAAGAUUUCCAAAA